CACUUCCUUUGUCUCAAACACUAGACAAUCCAGGCUCGAGCCCAGCCUCAGCAUCGUCAAUUGCAUUCAAUUGCCCAUACAUCGUCACCCGCCGAAUGCGGUCGAUGAGUCCGACGAAAAUGAGACGCAGUGUCGUUAUCCGGGGGGGAGGGACCACGUGAACAGUCAGGUGAAGGAUUUCCGGAAACAAAUUACUAAGGAAUCCCUCCUCCAUUUUUACCCUUUGGCGAAUUCGCGAACCUGGGAAGCGGUGAAUGCACGGCAGCGGUACCCGACCAGCCUCGACCUCAACCUCAUCCCACUCAUUUGGCUUCGAGCACACCGCGGUUCACGGCUUCCCUUGAUGGUGUGGCAACCACGGUUUCGCACGUCUCGAUAGGCACCCGCUGCCAAACUUCCUUCACCAUGGAUGGCUCUGAAAACUUUGAGGCCGACUCUCUUCCUCGAGGAGGGUUGUCCUUUUACAGCUAUGUCGCCCUUCAGGAUGUCCUCGGUGGCCCCCAUCUUCCACCUCCCUCAUCUCACGCCGCAUCCGAAAACGCGACCCUGACCACACUGGCUCGUUCCAAUGCCUCCAAAAUCAUGGACAUCACCAACAUCGUGCGCGCCUCCAUCGCAGCCUCGCUGCUGUGCCUCCUCCUUGUAACACCGCUUCUCCGCAAGAGGCCCGCCUGGUGCCGUGGCUUUGCACAGGAGUCUCUGUAUUCCGAGGUCGGACAGCCUUCACUGAAGAAACCCUGGACGUUCUGGACCGUCUACCUUUUUGCAGUGGCAUUGGCUGGCCUGAUCGAGGCCAUCUUGUCCGUCGUCGCGCCGCCUCGUGGCCAUUUCUACCUCCUAGAUCUCGUGCCGUGGAUUGCCGCUAUUCUCAUCACCGCCGUCGACCGUCCUACGAAGACGCCCAAGACGCUGCUGUUUCUCUACGUCGUAAUCCUGGCAUGUGGCGUUGUCUCGACGGCAUUCAGCUACCGGCUCCAUAGGCUAGUCCCUACUCUCAUCCUCGCGGAUCCCGUUGUCGGCUUGGCAGGCAUCAUCGGCAUCGUCGCAAUGCCGAUGCGAGACCCUUCCCUCACCGACUCUGACAUUGCCCGCGAGGAGCCCACCGACGAGCUCCGCAGCCCCGAGGACAACCUCUCGCUCUGGAGAUUCAUGACGGUGUCAUGGAUGGCGCCAAUGAUCGCCAGGGGCUACGAAAAACAGCUGCACAACGAAGACGUGUGGCAGCUGCCCUUCGACUUUCAGCACGAGCGGCUCCAUUCUCUCUUUCGUGACCUCCGUGGCUCCAUGACCACCAAGCUGUUCUCGGCCAACGGACUGGACCUCAUCAUCCAGUCGCUGCUCGGUUUGAUCGAGUGCGCCGCUGCCCUUUCUGUCCCCAUGCUGUUGCAGCAGCUGUUGCGGGCUAUCCAGAGCGGCCCGAAUAACAUCGAGGUGUCUGUCCUCUAUGCCAUUGCUAUCCUGGCUGUUCGUCUGCUCGCCUGCCAGGCGGCCGUCUUCCAACUCUGGUUCUCCAGACGCUGCUACGAGAGGUCCCGAGGCGAGAUGAUCACGACCAUCUACGCCAAAACUCUGUCGCGGAAACACUUUGGCCAGCCUGCUGGCGAGAAGGUGAGCGACACCGACGACGAAGACGAAGACGACGACGACGACGACGAGGAUGACGAAAGGGCUGAUGCCAAUGCCGCUGGCACCACGGAUAAUGACGAGCGAAUUGGCCGCCUUAGCAGAUUCCUGGGCUGGCUUCGCCGCGACAACUCUACUCGUCCCAAGUACCGGCGGCUGCGGAAGCAAAAGGCCCAAAGACAGCCUGCUACCACAGGAAAGAUCCUUAACCUUAUGAGGAAUGAUGUCUACGAAGUUGCCCAGCGGUUCUGGGAAUUUCCCUCUCUUGUUACGAAACCACUUCAGUUCAUCUUCUCAUUCAUCCUCGUGUGGCAACUCCUCGGCUAUUCCUGCAUGUUCGGAAUGGCCUGCGUUAUGCUUGCCCAAAUGCUGAACACCAUCUUCAUCACCCAGCUUCUCAAGAAUGAACGCGUACGCAGGGCUGCAACUGAUGCAAGGUUGCAGUCCACCUCCCAGUUUGUUGAAGGUAUUCGGCACCUUCGGUGGUACGACUGGCAAUCAAAGUGGCUCGAUAGUAUCAUGGUCACUCGACGACACGAGCUGAGCACCAGAGUUGUGACGGGUCUGUGGAGCAUCGCCAUCUCUACCCUCAACAUCACUUCUGGUACCCUGUUUCCGGUCGCCACCUUCUUCGCCUACACCUUUAUCGCCGGCAGGACUCUCACGGUCGAUGUGGCGUUCCCUGCUCUAUCUCUCUUCACCUUGCUAGAGACCAGCUUCAAAGAGCUACCCAGCCUGAUCACCGUCCUUCUGAACGCAUCCAUCGCCAUGGGCCGCAUUGAGGAAUUCAUGAGCGAACCAGACAAAGAAGGCGUCUACUCAGACCAUCUCACAAAUGAUAUCAAGUUUACCAAGGCGACGUUCGCGUGGCCCGGAUACGAGCAGCCGGUAUUGAGUAACCUCGACGUCGGCUUCCCCCAAGGCCUCACUGUCGUGUUCGGCAAGGUUGGCUCCGGUAAAACGGCGUUGCUGCAGGCGAUCCUUGGAGAACUCGAUCGGCAAAUGGGCGAUGUCAUCAUCCCGACCGAGCCCAUCGGAUACUGUGCGCAAAGCCCCUGGCUGCAACACAUGAGCAUCCGCGACAACAUUCUCUUCUCAGCGCCCUUCGACCCCACUAGAUACACCCAGACGUUGGAUGCUUGUGCGCUACUCCCGGAUCUGGCCAACUUCAAACAUGGCGACCUGUCAGACAUGGGAGAGAACGGCAUCGGCCUGUCGGGUGGCCAGAGAGCGCGUGUUGCUUUGGCCCGCGCGGUAUACAGCCAGUCUCGCGUGCUCCUUCUGGAUGAUCCCCUCGCCGCGCUGGAUCACAACACCGCCGAAUCCAUCGUGAAGAAGCUCCUGCAGGGUCCGUUGGUGGAAGGCCGUACCGUGGUCCUCGUCACUCACAGAGUUGAUCUUUGCCUCCACUUGGCUGGCCAGAUGGUGGAAAUUGCCGACGGCACUGCCCGCGUCUUGAACUCGAAAGAGGCAGCAGCGGAAGUAGCCAAAUUCCUCUCCGAAGACGACGACACGGCAGCACACCACGACGAGCCCGAGCAAACACUCGAGGAGCAGCAAGACGCCGCCGUGCCGUCCAAGUUCAUCGAGGAGGAGUAUCGUGCUCACGGAGGCGUAAUGCUGUCGGUUUAUUGGACCUACAUCAAAGCCGGCAAGCUCAAGUGGUGGACUGUUCUCCUCCUGGUCUUUGGCCUGUUCAGAUUGGGCAGCCUGCUCAACUACUGGUUCCUCAAAGCCUGGGGCGAGGCUUACAAACAUAAGACGUCAACACAAGAAGCAUCGAGCGGCGUAGACUUCUCGAAUCUCUUUGGGGGGCUCCCGGAUCCAGACACCGAUCUUCGUCCUUGGUUGUGGGUCUAUCUAGCAAUUGCUGUUGCUCAGGCUACCAUCUACACAUUGUCGGAAGGCCUUACCCUGCUCAUGAUCAUCACGGCGGCGAGGGACCUGUUCAAGAGGGUCAUCACCAAAGUCAGCAAAGCAACCUUUCGGUUCUACGACGUCACCCCCGUGGGACGCUUGAUGAACCGCCUUGUCUCCGACGUCGGCAUGAUCGAUGGAGGCAUCAUGCGGCCGUUGCGCGAGGUUGCCGCCCAGUCCAUCACCUGGUUCUCCAGCAUGGUUGUCAUCGCCUCUGUCACGCCUCUGUUCCUCGUCUUCUCCGUCGGCAUGACCCUGUGGUUCGUCUACAUUUUCAUGCGCUUUUUGCCCACCUCUCAAAGCUUGCGGAGACUGGAGAUGGUGUCGCUGAGCCCGCUCAUGUCCAACUUUGGUAUCUUGCUCGAUGGAUUGGCCACCAUUCGCGCGUUCAAGGCGCAGCACCACUUCCAAAACAUGAACAUCGUCGUCACCGAUGCCUUCCAGAAGAUGGACCACUUCUACUGGAGCCUCCAAGCCUGGCUCAUGUACAGGUUCGACGCGCUGUCGGCCAUUUCCACCUUUGCUCUCACGCUGCUCGCGCUCUACAAGGGUCUAUCGCCUGGCCUGACUGCUUUCGUCUUGACCACCGCUUCGGCCUUCGUCGAGGCGACCCAUAACCUCUGCAAGCAGUAUGGCACCCUGCAGAUGGAUUUCGUCUCUGUCGAGCGCGUGAUUGAGCUUCUAGACAUCCCCGAGGAACCUUGUGGCGAGCUCACACCCCCCGUCAACUGGCCUCACCACUCGGACGAUGUCACAUUUGACAAUGUCACGCUCAAGUACGCACCUCACCUUGAGCCAUCCGUAUCGGAAGCCUCGUUCACUAUUCCUGGCGGUUCGACCUGCGCGGUCUUGGGCAGGACAGGGUCUGGUAAGUCCACGCUUGCCCUCGCCCUCCUCGCAACGAUCCAUCCUUCCGAGGGGUCUAUUCGCAUCGGCAGCUACAGGCUAUCCGACGUGGAUGUUCAUGUGUGGCGACAGCGCGUGAGCUUCGUCGCGCAGGAUCCGGUGCUGUUUCCCGGAACCUUGCGGGACAACCUGGACCCGUUGCACCAGUACACCGACACCGAGUGCGUCGUCGUCUUGCACCGUGUGCUGGGCACCGGCUGGGACCUUUACUCACGCGUCGAAGGCGGCGGGAAGAAUCUGAGCCAGGGACAACGCCAACUGGUCGGCAUCGGUCGGGCUGUCCUGAGAAGGAGCCCGAUUGUGGUGCUGGACGAGGCCACUGCCUCGAUUGACAAGGAGACGGCUGCGAGGGUGCAGGAGGUCUUGAGAAAUGAGUUGACUACGAGCACCGUCAUCACGAUUGCCCACCGGCUGGAGGCUGUCCAGGACGCCAACUACUUCAUCCGUCUGGACAAGGGAAUGGUAAUUGAGCAUGGCCCAACGCGAGGACUGAACCGGUAGUGUAGAGUAGAGCUGCGUCAACACACCUUGGAUAAUGUUGUUCUUUGCUCCGUUGAAACCAAGGCCAGUCAUUUUCUGUUUGGCAGUAAUCAAACAUCAGAUUUGGCGUCGAU